AUGACAAGAAUAGAGAGAAAAAAGGGACCCGUCUGGAAGCAUUUUAAUAGUAUAAAUAAAAAUGAUGCUACUCAUCUUCCUGUACAAUGUAUAUACUGUUUAAAAGAUUUUCAACGAGCCGUUCCUGAACGAAUGCAAGCGCAUCUUGAUAAUAAAUGUCCAAAAGCACCUACUAAUGCAAAAUCACAAUCUAGUCAACAGAGUAAUACUACAUCAAUAAUUGACUACGCUGAAGAAGUUGUAAGAAAAAAGGGACCUGUUUGGAAAGAUUUUUCUAUAAUUGGUAAACGUGAAGACUCACACCCUAAUGUACAAUGUAAAUACUGUUUUAAAGAAUUUAAACGAGCUGUUCCUCAACGAAUGCAAAUCCAUAUUGAAAAAUGUGAACAAGCUCCGAAUAACGUAAAAUCAAAAUUGAAACAAUCUAGACAACAAAAUACUAUAAAAAUUAAUGAAAUUAAUGAUUGUAUGAGUGAAGAAGAGCAAAAAUUUCUUGAAUCUUUACUAGUCAAAGCAGCUGAAAUUCACUUUUCUUUUGUUGAUAAUCCAUCUGUUAUUGAAUUUUUUAAUCACCUUCAGCCAUCAUUUAAGAUACCAAAUGGAGAAGAAAUAAAAAUACAAUUGAAUCAAUCAAAACCUUUAAAUGAUAUUACAUAUCAUCCUGAAUACUAUCACCAACUUGAAAUAGGAACUGAAGACAAAGGUGAUAUUAAUUCAAUGAAUAAUGUUGAAUAUUAUGAUUAUGGAGUAGGGCAUGAAAUUGCAACAUUUGAAUUAUAUAAAGAAGCAGCUGAUAAGGAUGAUAUUAGUUCAAUGUAUAAUUUUGGAUAUUGUUAUUCACAAGGAAUAGGAAUUGAAAGAAAUGAAAAUAGAGCAUUUGAACUAUACAAAGAAGUAGCUGAAAAUGGUGAUCUUGAUUCAUUAUAUAAUCUUGAGUACUGUUAUUCACAAGAAAUAGGAACCAGAAAAAAUGAAAUCAAAGCAUUUGAAUUAUAUAAAGAAGCAGCUGAAAAAGGUGAUAUUGAUUCAACUUUUAAUCUUGGAAUUUGUUAUGAGGAUGGGACAGGAACUGAAAAAAAUGAAAUCAAAGCAUUUGAAUUAUAUAAAGAAGCAGCUGAAAAAGGUGAUCUUGAUUCAAUGUAUCAACUUGGAUAUUGUUAUCGAUAUGGUGUAGGAAUUGAAAUAAAUGUAAUUAAAUCAUUUGAAUAUUAUAAUAAAGCAGCAGAAAGAAUGUCAUUGAUUCAAUGA